GUUUAGUAUUAACUAAUAUUAAGCCAGGUUAUAUCCUAUUUCUUUAAAUCAUAGUUAACUUGUGAUUAUGUAUUGGAUUGCUUUAAUUGUUUACAUACAAGUAUUGCGUUUACCACGUGACACACUAUGCUCAACUGAUGAGGGUCCUAUCAUAAUGCCACCCUGGGACAUAUUACUGUAUAAUGACAAGUGUACGUAUGAGUACAAUAAUGACCGAAAAGUGGACCUGUAUUGCACUUAUCCCCGAACCAAUUACACCACAUUAUACUCGAUUAAAAUGUACAAAAACACAACCUUGUUAUACUCGAUAGAUAUGACAAACAACAAUGGUACAGGGUGUCUAUCCACGAGCUCUGCCCGACAAAUGAACUCAACUAUACGCCUAAAUCAAGAUCACGUGGUCGUAACUAUACCUCACCCCACCAAUACGACCAUGGGCAAUUAUUCGUGUCAAUUCCAUUACCUGGAUAUUACCCAUAAUUACCAAUUAAUUCGUUACACAUCGAUGCGUAUAUGCAAUAAGAAAUCGUGCGAUCAAUUGCGCUAUGGUUUGGGUCACUGUCACCGACACGGCCUACUCGAGGAAUAUAAACAUGGUCAUCGUAACCGUAUUCACGAUCAGGAUAAUUAUUCUGACUACGAAUCCUGUGUGUAUAGCGCAAACGGGUGUGUCCAGGUGCCAUUCGUUACGGCUAUAUUGGGUGCAUGCUUAGUUAUGCUCGCGCUCACUUAAGUACAUUGCUCAUACAAAGUCUAAUAUUUUUAAGCAUGCUAAUUUGUAUCGAAUUGUUUUUAAAUUGUGCACUUAUUUU